UCACACCGCCCCCGUGAAACAAACCCUCUCCCCCUUUCUCAACUCUCCUCCCCAAUCUCCCUGCGCCCACGGUGCUGUGUGCAUGAUCUGACACUAGUGGAAAAAUAAUCCUUGCUAGUACACCGCCUUCUGAAUUCUCCCUCUCCUGGCGGAAAGCAACCGAGCAGAGCAACCGCUACCCCGCUUUCGGUUCGGACAUGGUCCCCGGGAUCCGGAGAUGAGGCUCCGAAAUGGCACCUUCCUAACUGUCUUCUUGUUCUGUCUUUGCGGCUUCAUCUCGAUUUCCUGGUACACUGCAUUCAGCAACCCGAAAGGUGAUGUGGUGGAUAUCUACCAGCGGGAGUUCUUGGCACUGAGGGACCGGCUCCACACUGCGGAGCAGGAGAACCUGAAGCGAUCCAAGGAGCUCAACCUGGUCCUGGAUGAGAUCAAGAGGGCCAUUGCUGAGAAGCAGGCACUGAGGGACAUUAACCACACCUGGAGCAGCCUGUCAGAUGAAACCAAGCUGAAGCUGUGGAACGUCACCAAUAAGAAUGUGCUUCAGCUGCCCACCAUCUUCCACCACCUCCCCCACCUGCUGGCAAAGGAGAACAGCCUGCAGCCGGCCGUGCACGUGGGCCAGGGGAGGACAGGAGUGUCGAUAGUGAUGGGAAUCCCCAGUGUGAAGAGGGAGGUCCACUCCUACCUGACAGACACCCUCAACUCACUGAUGUCGGAGCUCACUGUCGCCGAGAAGGAGGACUGUGUCAUUGUGGUGUUUAUCGCUGAGACAGAUCAGCAAUAUGCAAACAGUGUGGCAGACAACUUGAAACACCUGUUUCCUAUUGAGAUCCAGUCUGGCCUCCUGGAGAUCAUCUCCCCCUCUGUGAACUUCUACCCUGACUUUUCUCGACUGAAGGAGUCAUUCGGAGACCCCAAGGAGAGAGUCAGAUGGAGGACGAAACAGAAUCUUGACUACUGUUUUCUAAUGAUGUAUGCCCAGUCCAAGGGGACAUACUAUGUGCAGCUGGAAGAUGACAUUGUGGCUCGACCCAACUACUUCACCACCAUGAAAAACUUUGCGCUGCAGCAGCCCUCCGAGGAGUGGAUGAUCCUGGAGUUCUCCCAGCUCGGCUUCAUAGGGAAGAUGUUCAAGUCCCUCGACCUAUCUCUCAUAGUGGAGUUCAUGCUGAUGUUCUACAAGGACAAACCCAUUGACUGGCUGCUGGACCACAUCCUGUGGGUCAAAGUGUGCAACCCAGAGAAGGAUGCAAAACACUGCGACAGGCAGAAGGCAAACCUUCGAAUCCGGUUCAAGCCAUCCCUGUUCCAGCACGUGGGGACACACUCCUCCCUCGCCGGCAAAAUCCAGAAGCUGAAGGACAAGGACUUUGGGAAGCAGACUCUCCACAAGGGCCACGCCAACCCUCCUGCUGAGGUGACCACCAGCCUUAAGACUUACCAGCACUUCACCCUGGAGAAGGCUUACCUGGGGGAGGACUUCUUCUGGGCCUUCACUCCCGUGGCAGGCGACUUCAUCCGCAUCCGCUUCUUCCAGCCUGUCCGCAUAGAGAAGUACUUCUUCCGCAGUGGAAACAUUGAGCACCCCGGGGACAAGCUGUUCAACACUACAGUCGAGGUCCUUCCUUUCGAUAAUAUCCAGUCUGAUAAAGAAACUUUGAAGGAGGGGAGAGAGAAAGCCCCCAAGUACCAGCGAACAGAAGAUGGGUUCAUCCGAAUUGGCACUUUCUUGAAUGGCAUUGCGGAGGGUGAGGUUGACGCCACCUUUGGACCCUUGGAGGCCAUUCGUCUGUCUGUCCUGACGGACUCGCCCGUCUGGGUUACCCUCAGUGAGGUAUUCAUUAAGAAGGCAGAGUGACCUCCAGCUGCAAUACCUCUGGAAAUCUCUGACCGUUCCAUAGGGGACGGAAGCCUUUGUUGUCACAACAUUACAUCGACAGUACUUUGUUUCUCUAGCACGUGCUGAGUGCGCCACCUGCUGGCCCAAAGUUGGUAGAGCAGGAUUGUUGUCACUGUAAUAAUUGAGGACCUACCUGAAUUGUAAACAAAGACAUAACGAAGAAGUGGGACCGGUUUCAAAUAGCUGUAUUUUAUAAACUGUAAUUAUGUGUAUAUAAAUGUAUGUUGAGAAUAAAGGAAACUUGUAAUUACACUGGUGAUAACAAUGGGCUAGCUGGAUAGCCCAGACCAUUAAAAAAAAAUAAUAAAUAAGAAUGCUGCUUGGGGAUGGAAGACUUGGUUCAAAAUACAGUAAUGUAAUAAUGUAAAGGUUACCCACUGACUUACAAACUGACUGCAUCACCUUUAAUGAUCAAAUCUUUACCAGUUACAAUAUUUUAAACCAAUCAAAACAUGAUGUUGUCCUUUUGCCAAAUUAUAAUUUAGUUUUGUAUUAUUAUUUUAAAUACACAACAUAUAAAAAAAGCCUUUUCACAUCAACUCUCUCACUGCCAGAUAAGAUGUAGCAUUAUAUUGUGACAUGGUGAUGAUUAUUAUUAUUAUUAUUAUUAUUAUUAUUAUUAUUAUUAUUAUACAAGGUCUAGAUAUAAUAGUUAUAGAAAGGCACAUUCAUUUAAUGGAUCUGGUUUGCUGUACUUAAGUGAAUAAAUGUACAUUUCUGUUACUGCAGUGUAAAUCUAGUAACUAAGUGUUGAAAACCAGCCCUAUGUUUAAAAUAAUAUUUAAAAAAAAAAAAAAAAAAACAAGGAUCAAAUUCAAAAUGCUAUAUUCUAUAACUGUCAUAUCUGCUUAAUUAAAAAAUAAGAUUAUGAAAACCUACUAUAAAUCAAUUAUUUUUGAUUGAUUAAACCCAUAGAAAUCCUACUGCUAGCUGAGGUUUGCUGAACUGUAAAUUAUAGUGUGUGGAAAUGAAUGAUGUACAAUCACACAACACUGCCAUUUCACUUUCAACUGAGGUAUAAACUAUUGGUCAUUUUUGAAUGUGUGGUAUAACAGCUUUUUCUCUGAUCCACCUGCAACAGCUGUGAAAUCCAUCAGCCAGUCUCAUUAAUAUUGAUGCUCUGCUCGGAGUAAGCUCUGCUGGGUUUUCUUAUUGUGAUUAUACUAUUGUGACAUUUAUAGGUUACACAGGUCAUCAUCAUAUCACUUAAACACAUAUCAAAACAGAGUACAAUCAGUCUCCUAGGAAUAUAAAGCUGGAUAAAAGAAUCAAACAUUUUCAGAGAGCUCCGUAUUCUAUUCUAGCAAAUCCUGUACAGAGAACCCAGUGCUGAUACUGAGAUAUUAGAAGAAACUCAAUUGAAACUGUACAAACUCACUCACCCCCCCAGAUAUACAUCCUGUACAAAGAACUCAGUGCUGAUACUGGGAUAUUGGAAAAAACUCAAUUGAAACUGUACAAACUCACUCACCCCCCAGAUAUACAUCCUGUACAGAGAACUUGUCCAAAUCGUCAAAACGUAAUUGCUCUAUUCAGUUAUAUGGAGUGCCAAUGGGGUUGCAGCUAUUGAAGUAUCUUGGAAGGUGCUGUAACUCCAUUAUUCCCAAUUAUAUACAAAGUAUUUUGAACACUGCUGUGAAGUUCCUUGUUUCCAUUUGGCAUCCAACUGCAGUCCCUGGGUCUUGUAUCCAUCCGCAUUCUUGGGUCUCAAUUUGUAUCUCAGGCACACCUUGACAGUUCUGCAAUAUUAUGAGAAGCAUGCAGAAUUAAGUGAUCUAAUAUGAGGUGUUUAUUAUUCUUUUUGCAUAAGAGAGAGAUUGUGAUGUGUGGCCCAUAAAACAUAAGGCAGCAUAUGAAGCCAACACCAUGUGUGAUAACCAUCUUAAUUUAAGCUACUAGAACAUUUUCUGAAAAUGUUAGUUGGAAAAUUUGCCAGCAAAAGUUGUCUGAUCUUUGCCAAUGGCUUGUAAGCACACUCUCCAAGAUCAUUUUAAUUUACCUAAAAGACUUCACUUUCAAGAGCCUGUUUCAGUGUGUACAGUACCUGCAUUCAUUUAUACAAAUAGCUAUUGAAAAGGCAAUUUGUUUAAAAAGUGGCUACUUCAAAAUACUGGCUCCAUAUGUGUGACAUGAAUUGAAUUACAAUAGUUUGCUGUCCCCGUGAGGUCUCAUUGAGAUCCAUUCUAAACUUGUGGUCACCUUUUAA